AUGCUGGCUAGUCUCUUUUACACGCGCGCUGCGCCCCGGGAGUUGACGGCAACGGAUGAAAAAAGAAAUGAUCACAAAAGUGAAUGCACAACUAAUGCGAAGGACGCAAGUGUUCCACAGCCUUUUCUUCAGCGCCAAGCUGUAACAAAUCACGCCUUCCUGCCUGGGGUUUCGGCACCGCAGAACCAACGCAGAAUGAGUCAUUCAGGGGAAUUUCUUUCUUCUGCGGACAUUUUCAGGAUCGGCUGUGAAGAUUCAAGCUUACCGAUCGAGGAUGAGAGUUCGAAAAAGGUUCCUACUUUAGAUGAAAAAGCCUCUUUGGAGAGGAUUAAGCCGUUAUUACACGGCUGUUUAGUGAGAAGGCGUAUGAAAAGUCGCUUAGGUCGUUUAUUGAUAGCAAAAAUACUUGAACUAAAAAAACAGGAUAGAGUUCAGGAUAACUUGGGCAGUUCAAGGGGCCAGGAGAGCUCGCAAAGAGCCGUUUGCCUUUCACACCUUGUUUCCUUUGUGGAACAUGGCAAAAGUAACAGUCAAGAUGAUGAGUGGCAAAAGACGCAUGAGAAAAAAACGGUGAAGUUGGUAACAAAACCAGGCUCUGACACUAAAAACAACCCUGAAGGUGCCAAGAUGGAUCACCAUUUGUCACUUUCAUUGUAUUCAUCUGAUAAAACCCAAGAACUGGGGCAGCAGAUAUUUACCUCUCUACAAGAGGCAGUAGGGACAAAAGAGCAACAUAUCGAAAAAAUAAUGAGAGAUGUUACCCCCGCCUUUUUAUUAGAGAGAAGGUCAAUGUUUCUUCGUACUAUAUUUGUUUUGGAGGAUUCCGACGGGCGUUUUGCGCAAGUCCCAAGAUUAAUAGUCGGAGAUGGGUCGAAUAUCCUGAGUCCCGAUCGUUCUUUGAUGUCUAUCUUCGGGGGUCAAUACUUUCAGCUUAUAGAUAACAUGAAUCACAUAUGUGGUGCUUCACGUUAA